AUUCCUUCAGCUCGUCAGUUGAAGUUUUAUCGCCGUGAGCAGAGAAGGCCCGACAAGGAUUACAGGAAGCUGAACAAGAACGACAAAAAUGUUACCGCAUUGGUUCCCAACGGCUGUGUGAACUUUAUUGAAGAAAACGACGAAAUUCUGGUGACUGGUUUUGGUUGUAAAUGUCGUGCUGUCGCUAACGUAUCCCUACUGGCCUUGUUUAGUGGAAAGAAGGAGCGUCCUAGAUCUUAA